ACUCCCUCUGGAUUUGAGGACGGCAUGCCCUCCUCCCAGUACCCCUGGGCCAUCGUGUGGGGCCCCACAGUGUCCGAUGAGGAUGGAGGGGACGCCAACUCAGCCAACCCGGGCUUCCCACCGCUGGGAUACACUUUUGUAUCGCCACACGGGAUGGCAACGGCGCAGCCCAACUCCCACUCACUCCUGCACAACGCGGGGCUCAACCUGCGCGAGACCCCAGCCACCCUGCGGCCCUUCUUGUUUGGGCCCAGGGGGGAAGGUGUGGACCCCCAACUGUACGUCACCAUCACCAUUUCCAUCAUCAUUGUUCUGGUCGCCACUGGGAUCAUAUUCAAGUUCUGCUGGGACCGUAAUCAGAAACGCCGGCGUCACUCGGGGCAGCAGAGUGGUGGGAGGCAGCCGGGGAGCCAGCAGCCCCUCACAGACCUCUCCCCCACCACAGUCAGCAUCCUGGGGCCCUACAGUGACUCCCUGGCCCCCACACCCGAGGCGGAGGAGUCCAGGCAGGGCCAGGAGGGUGUGGAGAAACUGGGGGUCCAUGGGAAGAGCACGGCUUUCCAGCUCAACCG